GUCGAGGAACGUCAGUUCUUGUCCUCGAUUGUCGAUGGUGCUACUAGCGUUUUCGGUGAUGCUACCUCUGCUAUCGAGUCGGUCGCCACCGGGAUCGCUUCGACAAGUCACCGACGGCGCGGGAGGUGUCAUUGGAACGGUAACCUCCGGUGCCUCGAGCGUCUUCGGAGAAGUUACUAGUGGAGCCGGAGGAGCUUUGUCUUCGGCUACGAGUGGAGCUGCUGGACUCGGCAACACGAUUACUAGUGGGGCCGGAGAAGCUUUGUCCUCGGCUACCAGUGGAGUUGGAGGUGCUGCUGGGACCCUCACAUCGGCCGUGGGGUCUGCCGUCCCCGGAAACCCCGCUUUGGGUCAAUCGGACCUCCUCUCCAAGGGAUUGGCCGCCGGGCUCUCUUUGCUCGCCAUCGGAGCCGGAGCUGGAGCUUUGUUGCUCUAAGCUCUGAGCGGAUCGAUCUCGCCCGGUCCACAUCUCGGACUGGCACGGACAAUCGAUAUCAGUUUUACUUUCCGACCGCCUCACCAUUAUGUAUCGAACCCAAUUUGACUUGAAGAAGAGAAGAAAGAGAAGAGAAGACGACAACCGACUGUCACCGUUUGAACCGUAAUCCCGCCGACGUCUCUCGGAUUACUCUCCAUCGCGAUCGCCUGCCACCAUCAGGUCGAAUCGUUAUCGGA